AUUUUGGUCAUGUAAAUAACAACAUAAUUUUUUGUCAAAUUUUUUCGAAUCCCGGUAUAAUAAAACGUAUUUUUCAAAAAUAAAUUUCCAUAAAAGCAUAUAGGAAGUGAAAUUUAGUUUCAGGUGAAAAUAUUGAAACGAUUAUUGGAAGGGGAAUGAAAGAUGUCAAUACCCGAGCAUAUUUCUAAAAAGUAUCCUUGGAUACGAGACCUAGCAAAUGAAUACUUGAAAACUAAAUAUUCAAGGAAACCUGAUCAAUGUGCAUAUCGCAACUGUAAGAAUAUUAGAACACCAGAAAACCGACUGUAUCGUUUUCCCCAAAACUCGAAUUCCCGCUUGAAAACCUGGAUCAAGAAUGCAGGGAACCCAAAAAUCCUUCAUUGGAAGUGGGCAACAAUACAACGAGCAGGAUUGUGUAGGAAUCAUUUCAAGCCAGAAGAUUUCUUCAACGAUUCUCGUCAAAAACUUCUUCCCUCUGCUGUGCCAAUACCGUUUUACAUGCAUGAGGAGCCUUUGAAGAACAAUACCUAUGUGAAUUUGAUGCAAGAUGAUUCACUAAAUAAUCUUGAGUUUAGCAACGUUGAAAUUGAAAUUAGUCCAUGUAGUCAGGAUAAACCUCGACCAUUAAUAACUCAUUCGGGACCGAGUCAUCAAAAUAACAAUAUUCAUAAUGAAGAAGUAGUGAGCGUCACAGAGCAAUCCAAAUUUGUUCGAAAACUUGUUCUUUUGCGAAGACAGAAGUCAAUACUUUGCAAACUGAUAAAGCAAAUUUCGACAAAAUUAACUCUUGCCAGAAUCCAUAAGCACAAGCUGCAGUCUAAGCUGCUCGCUCACUUCAAUAACACUGGGUAAAAAUUAA